AACUUUUUCCAUGUCGGUUUGCUACUUAUUAUAAAAUUUAUGUUUUAAAGUUAUUAAAACAAGUAAAGAUAUAUUUAUUUGCGUAAAAGGUGUAAUAGGGGUAAUAAAAAUGUCUGAUAGUAAAACUAUGAGCAGUAAUCCUAAUAAGCGGCGAAUUCAAGAAAUUGAUGGUCGGAUAGAAGAUUUGUCGCAUGAAAUACUGAGUUUGAAUGAUUUGGUGUCUAAAACUCAGAUGGAAUGCUCUUUAUUGGCUGUUAAGCUUAAAAGGGAGAAAGUGAAGGCGCUGACGGCACUCGCGAAGUCUAAGGUUUUACUUGCCGACAUGGAAAUUUUAGUCGCCGAAAGCGAUCUGUUGAUUGAUCUCGAAAACUUGAAGAAUUGUAAAAAAAUGAAGUUGGAUCGUGAUGCAGGUAAAUCACAACAAGAGUCUCAGGAAACAGCUAAAUCAAACAAGUCGAUUGCUGUACAAACUGACAAAUCUUCGCCGGAGAAGAAGAAAAGGAAGCACCGUACUUCAAAACCAGAUACUUCCUCCGAUGAAACAAUAAUAAUACCGUUACUGGAAACUUCUAAAACGGAAACGCGUGUCGCCCAUUUUAACUUUGACUUAAUCAAAAAAUCAUCCGCAAACAACUCUGACUCGGAGGCAUCCCUAUCCAGUUCUUUGAAGGCAGAGUUCGAAAAACCCUACAAGCCAGAUACCCCAAAACCAGAUAAGAAAACAGAAUCUGAGAAACUGGAGAGGAAAUCUAAAGGUAAAUCAGACAAGAAGAACAGGUCUAAAAGUAAAAGUAAAUCUUCACAGCAAACACAAUCCCCGAAUACCAGUAGCAGUGCCAGUAAGCCUAAAACAGUGGCCGAAUUAAAAGCCAAGACCGUUGAACAAAUCAACAAAAGUAUCGCUACUUUGUCAAGUCAUACUAAUACUUCUAGACAUGGUAUUGACAGGGAUGCAACUCCAUCGACAUCCUUCAUUCCUAUCAGACAUAAUAUGCCACAGAUGGUCUCGCAAAGUCAUGGUAUUUACUUGUCUAGGCUUCCACAAUCUGCAAGCCAUACGGGUAUGCAAACCCCUCCUCUUCAAACAAAUUUUACGUACCAUGAGCCAAGAAAUGUGAUUCUCCAGAAUCAUGCUUUUUACCGUAAAUCUCAGUAGAUCUAUCUAGAAAAAAUAUUAUUAAUCUCUUACGUCAUAAUCGUAACUUUGUUGUUUUUCUCAUAUAUUUCUUUAUUUUGUUAGAUGUUAUUUAGAAGUGCGUAAUUGCAAUUUAUGCAUGUUUGCAUUAUCUGUAUAUAAUUUAUUUCUUUGCAUAUCAUACAGUAAUAAACAAAGAAAACGUUUCAAUUGUUGAACAAUUGAUUCAAAUUACUAUAUGUAUGGUAAUUUUUGUUCUUUUCAACAAAAAAACAUAAUUUCCAUUGAAGAUAACCCAUUCCAAACUCAAAUUGUGGUCAAUUUGAAGUAGGGAAUGUAUUUUGUUCUUUUAAUAGAUAUUAUGUUUUUUUUUUAAUCCAAGCGAUAACUUAAUGUUGCUAAUAUUGACAUCAGACUAUAAACCUCAUUUAAUAGUACUUAAAUUUAACCCAAUAUUCUAUCUAUCCAUUGAUUUAAAUUUUGACAAGUUAUAUCAAACUCCUAUCUGUAGUAGGUAACCACAGAUAGAUUCAAUAUUGGUGGUACAUCUGUCUGAUGAUUUGUUCAAGCUUGCUUACUGGUCACCAGUGUACGUCUUUAAAUUAAAAAUACCUCUUUUUAUAUGUUCCUGAUGCUAAUAUAAGAUUUUUUUUCCUAAUCAUGUGUAUGUAAGACAGUAAUUUUCAUUAGAAGAUAAGCCUAAUUUUUAAUUAGCAAUCAGCUUGAGGAGCGGAAUGACUGUGAAGUUUUACAAUAUGUGAUUAAACUUAGAAAACUAUAUUUAUAAGAAAAAAGUCAAUAUGUGCCUUAUUAAUUUUAAGUUUUUUUUGUACAAUGUACACAUUAUUAAACCCAGGUACUUGCCUAGUGUUUCUGAGGUGCCGUCCUAAUUUUGAAAACAGGAUUGUAAUAUAGUAUGUAAGAUUUUUUAUACCUCGAAAUUGCCUAUUUGUCAUAGUAUUAGUAGAAUAUGUGCAUAUAUUCAGUCAAUUUGAAAUUGCGACUUGAGAAAGAAGAAAUUGCUUUAAAUCUUUUUGGUGUGGAACAUACUAGUUUGUUAUAGUUUUAUGUUGUAGAUUAUACCUUGUCUAAGUUGAAAUGGUAUUGCUCCAGUGCAUAAAUGCGGUAAUGAACGCUUCAUUUCAGCUUAGGCGAGCUAUAUUGUUCUUAUUUUAAUCAAUUGAGACUGAUUUUAUGCAUGACUUGGUAAGUAGGUACAAAAUAUUAUGUUGUAACAGAAGUGUACGCCGAUUUAAAAAUGUUGACAAAGUAUUCGAUUUUUUGUGUUGUAUUAAGCACGUGUCACUUAAUGUGUUAACGGUUAAAGUUGAUUUUAUUUUUCUUGUUUUUGUUAAUAUAUUUAUGCACCAUAUACUUAUGCAAAUGUCACGUAUAGUGAGUGCUUGGUAGUGGGCGCAUCAUUUCGGCCCAGACGUGAGAGACAGACAUAGCCUAUUUUUUUAGACAUAAUAUAAUGUUGUUACAAAAGUGUGAGUCAAUACGUUAAAUUGUUGACAAAGUACUCGAUUUUUGUUCUGUAUCAAGCAUGCAUCAGAGAUUGUGUUCACAGUUGAAAGUUGAUUUUAUUUUACUUGUUGAUUAUUUCUAAUUUUUGUGUUGUAAACUCUUGUACAUGUAUAAGAGACGACUUUAUAAGACUUGUAACUUGAAUCAUGAUGAUUAAAAAUAUUUUAUCUUUGA